AUGGACGGCGAGAGCGAGGUGGAGUUUUCCAGCAACGGCUUGACCCCUUUGUGGCGGAGGCGCUCGACCCCUCCGCCCCAGCUGCUGGCCCGCAGCAAGCCGAGGCCCCAGUCCUACCAGAGCCCCAGCGGGCUUCUGAUCACCGACUUCCCGCUGGAGGAACGCAUGGCGCCCCCCGUCCCGGCCGGCGGGACGGCGCCCCGGAGCCCGCUGCAGCCAUGCACCCACGGGAAGGCGCGGACGGUCUCCCCGGACCUCAGAGCCGCCUCUCCUCGACUCCGUCGACCAGAGUCGCCCCAGGUCCCCAAAUCGGCGGCGGGCGGCUACCCGAAACCCGCAGCAAAUGGCGUGGCUGCCUCUCCCGCGCCACAGCCGCGCACGUCGAGCGCCCCCGGCCCCGGCCUCGAGCGGAGCCCCGCAGGCUGGAGCGCCCGCGUAGUGCCCUCGCCCACUUCCAAUGGCCAUGUGCCCAAGCACAACUCUCCUGGCUCCGGCUCGCAGUCCAGUCCGCCAGUUAAGGACCCCGACCGGGGGCCCUCGAAACUCUCUCCUGCGCCCCAGAAAAGGUCCUCAGAACAAAAACUCCCUCUCCAAAGGCUGCCCUCCCAGGAGAACGAGCUCCCCGAGAACCCCUCGGUGGUCUUGAGCACAAACAGCCCCGCUGCCCUCAAAGUGGGUAAGCAGCAGAUCAUCCCCAAAAGCUUGGCCUCGGAAAUUAAACUAAGUAAAUCCAACAGUCAGAACGUGGAACCGCAUAAGAGGCUGCUCAAGGUGCGCAGCAUGGUGGAGGGCAUCGGAGCGCCCCUGAGCCACGCGGGGGAGGAGAGCGAGGUGGAGAACGACGUGGACAGCCCGGGCUCUCUGCGGAGGGGCCUGCGGUCCACCUCCUAUCGCAGGGCCGUGGUCAGUGGCUUUGACUUUGACAGCCCUACCAACUCAAAGAAGAAGAACAGAAUGUCCCAGCCUGUUUUGAAAGCAGUGAUGGAAGACAGGGAGAAGUUUUCCAGCCUGGGAAGGAUCAAGAAAAAAAUGCUGAAAGGACAAGGAACAUUUGAUGGGGAAGAAAAUGCGGUCCUGUAUCAGAACUACAAAGAGAAGGCUCUGGACAUUGAUUCUGAUGAAGAGUCGGAGCCCCGAGAACAGAAGUCGGAGGAGAGGCUUGUGAUUCACCAUAAGCCACUGAGGUCCACCUGGAGCCAGCUCUCUGCGGUAAAAAGAAAUGGGUUGUCCCAGACAGUCAGCCAGGAAGAAAGAAAGAGACAAGAGGCCAUCUUUGAAGUCAUAUCCUCCGAACAUUCGUAUUUACUCAGCUUGGAGAUCUUGAUACGAAUGUUUAAAAAUUCAAAAGAACUGAGCGAUACGAUGACGAAGACUGAGAGACACCACCUCUUCUCCAACAUCACGGAUGUGUGUGAGGCCAGCAAAAAAUUCUUUACAGAGUUGGAAGCAAGACAUCAGAAUAACAUCUUUAUCGAUGACAUCAGUGACAUUGUGGAGAAGCACACGGCGUCCACCUUUGACCCCUAUGUGAAGUACUGCACCAAUGAGGUCUACCAGCAGCGGACGCUGCAGAAGCUGCUAGCCACCAACCCCGCCUUCAAGGAAGUACUGUCACGGAUCGAGUCCCAUGAAGACUGUAGGAACCUGCCCAUGAUCUCUUUUCUCAUCCUCCCCAUGCAGAGGGUGACCCGCCUUCCUCUGCUGAUGGAUACCAUCUGCCAGAAAACCCUGAGGGACUCUCCCAAGUACGAGGCCUGCAAGAGGGCCCUGAAGGAAGUGAGCAAGCUGGUUCGACUGUGCAAUGAAGGAGCCCGGAAGAUGGAGAGGACCGAGAUGAUGUACACCAUUAACUCCCAGCUGGAAUUUAAAAUUAAGCCCUUCCCCUUGGUGUCCUCGUCCCGGUGGCUGGUGAAGAGGGGGGAGCUGACGGCCUUCGUGGAGGACACGGUGCUCUUCUCCAGGAGGACCUCCAGGCAGCAGGUCUACUUCUUCCUCUUCAACGACGUGCUCAUCAUCACCAAGAAGAAGAGUGAGGAAAGUUACAACGUCAACGAUUAUUCCUUAAGAGAUCAGCUGUUGGUGGAAUGUUGUGACAAUGAAGACCUCAAUUCCUCUCCAGGGAAGAACAGUUCCACCAUGCUGUAUUCACGACAGAGCUCCGCUAGUCACCUCUUCACCCUGACGGUCCUGAGUAACCACGCAAAUGAGAAAGUGGAAAUGCUGCUGGGAGCCGAGACGCAGAGUGAGCGGGCCCGCUGGAUCACCGCCCUGGGACACAGCAGCGGGAAGCAGCCUCCAGACCGAACCUCACUGACCCAGGUGGAAGUCAUCAGGUCCUUCACAGCCAAGCAGCCAGAUGAGCUUUCCCUGCAGGUGGCCGAUGUGGUCCUCAUCUAUCAGCGCGUGGGUGAUGGCUGGUAUGAGGGGGAACGGCUUCGAGAUGGAGAAAGAGGCUGGUUCCCUAUGGAAUGUGCCAAGGAGAUAACAUGUCAGACGACCAUUGACAAGAACGUGGAGAGGAUGGGCCGUCUGCUGGGACUGGAGACCAACGUGUAG